AUGGGAAGUGGAACAAUUCCAGAUAGUAAAAUAAAUGCUUCAUCGAUACAAAGUGCCAGCACACCAGCCACAAAUGGUCGACUAAACUACACAUUAGGAUCAUCAUGGUGUGCAGGAACAAGUGACAAGAACCCAUAUCUACAGAUUGAUCUACAGAAACUUCAUAUCAUCUGUGCUGUUUCUACUCAAGGGAAUUCUCAAGCAGAUCAGUGGGUAAAGACCUACACUUUACAAUUAUCCACAGAUGGGAUAACUUGGACAAACUAUAGUGAAUUAGGUGGACAGGCCAAGGUAUGCUACAUUGGCUGGUUGAGAAUUAUAUGAUAUCUUACCUCAAUCACUGUUCUUGAGUUUUGAUAAUAUUAACACUUUUAUAUCAAAAUAGCCACCAAAAGAGUUAUAGGUAUGCAGAGGAUUAUUUGUACAAUAAAAAUAUUCUCCUUAUGCUCAGCAAAUAUCAUGAAUGUUGAGUAAAUAUAUUUUCAUGUGGCAAGUGAUAUUUAGCAUGCCUGAAUUUGCAGUCAAGGCUGCAGAAAGAGUACCAGGGAAUCUAACAGGGAAUCUAACAGGGAAUCUAACAAAUUGUUUUGAACUAUGCUCUUCCACCAAGUAUUUAUGGCGUGAAAUAGCUUGUCAAAGGAGUGCAAAUGAUUUCUGAUCACUGAGAGAUUGCUGCUCUCAAUCCAACAAGGAAUUAAAUGAUUGUCACAGAUAAACUACAGUUGUAGAAAUUAGAUAGAAUUCACUUCUGAGGGUCAGUGUGUUAUUUUUUAUAAUCCAGUGGUCAAAUUAUGAUUUAUUCAUGUAUGCUUAGUAACCCUGUCUAUGUGGACCUCUUCCAUAAAUGUUGGGCCUUAUUCAUACACCUACAUUUAUAUUUUUCUGUUUGUGUGAAGGCUUAUUUAGCCACCUAGCCCAACCAUUGUGACAAAAAUAAAAGUAUUUCCUGUCAUAAAACAAGAGGUGAAGUAAUGAUGAUUACUUUCACCAGGAUGAAGAGUUACAACUUUAGUUAAAUUAUGCAAUCUACCUGGAACUCUUUGAUGAGUUAUGAUUAUUUUCCUAAGGUUUUAGAGGGAAAUAAGGAUAGAAACUCAAAUGUCAAACAUAUUCUCUAUGGAGUGUUAACAAGAUAUUUGCGUUUCCUGCCACAAACACACCAUGGUGAGGUGUGUAUGAGAACAGAGGUGUUUGGGGUACAACAGAAGCCUAGUAAGUUUAAAAACCUUUUGUGUGAUGUGAUUCUUGCAUUUGUUAAUCUAUGAACAAAGGGUCUAAAUCUAGUGGUUAUGUUAUUUUGUUAAUAUUAUUGUUAUUUGGAUAAGUAGCUUUAAUGAUACAAACCACUCUUUGACAUUACAACUCCAUAGCGGAUUAAAUGUGACUUUCUGAAAUGGGUGACACCGCUGGAUUUUUUACCUUGAAGGCUCGGUUUAUUCCUUUGGGCAUUGCUUUCGGUGGCUGCCGAAAACGUGUCGGUUUUAUUCGUUUCGAAAAAGGUGAGAUAUUUUGGAAGAAGACCAAAGGAACUGCGGAAGGUACUUCAAAAGACUUGGACAAUAGUGUAAUUAAGCUACCUUGCGCGAACAGACUUGUGAUCUUGUAUCCUUUUGUUUACAUUGUCUUGAGAUGAAUGAACUCGAGAUCGAUUAACUGCAAUCAUUUGAAUGGAUUUAGUUUCUAUUCACGGUGUAUUUUUAGCCUUAAUAUGUUUUUAGGAUUAAAGAGCGUCGCAAAAGAUUUAAAAAUGGAUCUUGGACGAGUUGUUGUAAUCACUGCGAAGAGCAAAAGCGAAAAUAGUUUAUCAUUUCGAGCGCCGAUCGUUUUGUUUUGAUCCGAAUGAUUGCACUUGAAUUAAACUACUUCUUUAUUAUGUAAAUAUUGCGUGUCAUAAAUAGUGCUCGUGUUCGGCUUGAAACUUUUUGGCCAGUUAAUUUCUCCAUCAGAAGAUCCAUCCAUUGUCAAACUCAACACCCUGAUUUUGCAACAUAACUAACCAGAAGAAAUUGUAGAUCGGCAGAUCGCCUCAGCUGAAUUUUGUCCUUGCGGCGUGGAACGCGAACGGAUGUUUACAAAUUGUGAAUGAACUAUUGUCAAGAAGCAACCAAUUGCGUGUCGUGUCUUGCUUGUUGUCAAGGGUUUUUUUUUUACGCGAGUCAUUACAUGCAUUGAAAACUCUACAACGUAUUUUAUUAAUUUAUUAUACUCAUUACUCGUACUUUUAUUUUUUCCACCGGAUAAAAAUAUCUUAGAAAGCAACAAAGCAAGUUCUCAAUGAUUUAAGAACCCUGUUUAAAAUCUAUAUGGUAUAUUUAUACCGCUUGUUCUCUUAACUUCACAUCGCAAAUACCGUACUAUGUUAAAAAUACGCGAGCUCCGUCUGGGGCGCGCGGCGCAUCUAACGUUUACUUCUACUUGAAAAAACAUGUAAGCUGAUAAGUGCUUGGGUUUGAUCCGAGGUUGAUGUCUUUGACAUGUUGCCCAACACACCGGAAUGCAUGUAAUUAUUAGACAUCAAUCAAGCAGAUUCCCGGGAGAGUUUAUUUCAUCUGUUAACAAAAAAGAAAAAUAUCUCACCUACAUCAAAAGUUGCGCUCUUCACGAUCUUCUGAAGCAUGCCGGCAUGUCGGCAAACUCAUCGGAAUGAAUAAGUAAUGAGAAAGAACAAUAGCCUGAAUAUAUUAAUACUUAACAACCUCAAUUUUUGAGGUUCCCAUUUAAUCCGCUAUGGAGUUGUAAUGAGCACUCGAGGAAAACAACACUGCCAUUGUGUGAAGCCUUUUAUACUUAUCCAUUAAGAAAUUCCAGGUGACAAGAUGCACCAAUUUUUGCUUCAUAGAUAAUGGUGGAUAGUUCUAUUGUUGGGGCCUGUAGGGUUAUGAGCUAGGGACUGCAAGAAAAAUUCAAUUAACCUCAAACUUUUCUUGAUAAUAUUGCAUGGGUGCUUGGAGUUCCUCAAGGUCAGAAAAGUUAGGGAUCGAUUCCGGGCAAUCACAAACAGUUAGGGCUUCAUGACUAUAUUUCCAUGACUAUUUUUCUGAAUUUUUGUAAUAAUAUCCUACAAAUUGCUUAUAGGUGAAUUCAAUUAGUUAUACAACAACAACAACAAUAACAUCUUUUAUUUAAACACGGUGGGUUUUAAAGUUAAUAUAGCUUAUGGGGCUGUGUAAAAAAAUAAAGAAGAAAAAAAAACAUGUAAUAUGGUAAGAUGAAAAGGUUUACUUUAGUAUGUUACAUUGCAGCAUGUGAUUCACAGGCAAUUGGUUUGGCCAGCGGUGGUAGAAUUCCAGAUGACAGCUUCUCAGCCAGUUCAAUAUUAGCUCCCAAAUAUGCAGCUAAAUAUGGUCGUCUUAAUGGAAGAGGGGCAUGGGAACCUAAGACUAAUGCUGAUCCUGAUGACUACCUACAAAUUGACCUUCUCUAUGAGUAUGUUAUCUGUGCUGUAGCUACUCAAGGAAAUCCACCAAAGCAAUCAAGAGCUCAAGAAUGGACCACAGAGUACAAACUAAGAUUUUCUUUCAAUGGUACCACUUUUUUCCCUUACAAAGAAAAUAAAAAUGACAAGGUUGGUAUGUCAUGCUCUCAUAUACAAGUAUUCAUAAAAGCCAAAAUUAAUGCUUGUGGUAUAAAACUAAAGCUAGUCACAAGAACAACAAAUUUGCUUAUACUUGUCAUAGAAUAUUAACAAUAUUCACCAAUGCUAACUUUGCCUAUAAUAUAUAGUUAUGUUGCUUACAAACCAUAUUGACAUUACUUUCAAGAAUUAAUAAUUACAUUUGUUAAUCAGUUGCAUGUACAUGUAAGGAUCAAUAUGGAGUACACAUACCAAAAGCAUGUAGUCUAUUAGUAAAGUAAAUGUUUUUUAUUUUAUAGUAGUAUAAGUGUAAAAAGAUGUAACAAACACUGACCAAUUCUAACUGACUAAUCAUACUUUUUAAAACAAUUAUCAUAAAAUUUAAAGAUAAAGAAUGAAAUGGUUGUGAUCUCUCUGACAGUCAAUAUCUAACCUGUGGCAUUCCUCAAGGCACAGUCCCUGGUCCUCUUCAAAUGACUUGUGGAACUAUCUCAAGCUCUUUUGUUUUUAACGUAGGAUGUAUGCACUUGACCUCCAUUCUGCACAUUACAGAUUCUCGUUUGGUGUUCUUUUCGCAAAUUACAGAUUUUCAUAUUGCAAGUUACAGAUUUUUAUCUUGCAAAUUGUAGAUUUUAAUUUUAUCUUAUUCACAAAUUACAGUAAACCAUUAACUAUGCCAAGUUUCAACACACCAAUACCACUUUUUGUAUAACAGGCCUUUCCAGGAAAUUCAGGAAAAACUGACACUGUGAAAAACAGUCUAAAGGAAUUUGCAAGUGCAAAGUUUAUACGCUUUCUGCCAACAAAGUAUAAUAAGUUCAAAGUUCUGCGAGUGGAGGCUUAUGGAAUACUUUUCACUAAAGGUAUUUAUUUGUUCUCAUUUUUGUCCCCCUGAUACAAACUGAAGUCACGAUUAAGGUGAGAUUGGACAAUUAACAGAACAGUAAUGAUGGUUGUUAUACAAAAAUAUAAAUGGCUCCCACAGCUGGGUUUUGGAAAAAAAAAGAAAUUGUUUAAUUUUGAAAUGGCGCAAAUAAUCUUAAUAUGAUUCGCCAACACUAAUUUACAUAAAAAUAAUAUCUUUUUAAACCUUCAUGAAAUAAAAAAGCCAUCACAAGCCAAAAUGUCCUGAAAGGCAUCCGAGAAAUACGUAAUUGGUACCUUCCCAUAAAUUCGCCCUUUUGAAUUCGCAUCAUAGAAAGAACCGUUUCGUGCUUUCAACAUCGCUGUUGAAGUCUUUGCAAGUAACUUGACUUCAAUCUUACUCCAGUGAAUAAAAUUUAGAGGUCAUGGUAACCAGAUGAAAUAAACUAAAAUUCACUUUCGAAUAAUUUGUAACUUAGCGUGUUUUUUAAGACAUUUUUGUACCCGGUAAAACAUCGAACAACUCGAAAUUGAUAUUCUUAAGAGAAUAAAUGCUGGCCUAAAAUGGGAUGUAAAAUUUAGUUUCGGGCUUUUUAUCAGCGCCAAGUAGGAAGCCUCUUAACCCUUCAACUCCCAUGAGUGACCAAGACGGAAUUUCUCCUUACAAUAUCAAUGUCAUAUCAAUCAGAUAAGUGAUGAGAGUAAAGAAAAAUAUCAAUUUGGGGAUAUUUAGUUGAUCCAAUACUAAAUUCUCUGAACUAGCAUUAUAAGAAUUGUAUGGUUAACAAUAAGGAGAAUAACAAAUUUUAUCUGGGAGUUAAAGGGUUAAAAUAGCGGUUCUCACAACAAAAGUGUGUCAACCGGAAGUCAACAAAUAGCGCAUUCUCCAAACCCGUAAGCAAAAGAUUGUAAAAUUUUUACAUUCUAAUAAAUCUAUGUGGUCGUCAGUAAUCCACAGCGCUGAAGAACUGCAGUUUUAGAUCCUUUGAAUAAUAUAUUGACUAAAUAUCCGUUCCCGUGAGCAUUUUAUCGCUAGUAGAGUAGCCAUCUCGGGUAAACAUUUUGACAUGUAGAGUUUUUUAAAAUGGUAUCUUAAAUAAAACUAGUGUUUUAUGAGUUUUUGUAACGAAAUGCAACGUGAAUGGUUUAAAAUUUUACCGAGUAGGAGACUGACUCGGCGGUAAAAUUCGUUUCGGCUACGUUCCGUUCACUGUUUGCAUGACCGCCAUAAGAAGCAUAACUUAAACAAAUUUGGUAUUCGCAAACGAAAUGAUUCUACGGGCUUAAGAAUGGGCCAUUCUUAAGCCCGUAGAAUCAUUUAGUUUCCGUGGUAGUAGCAUUUUCAGUGAAAUAUCUUAAAAAACCAGACGUUUUAUUCAACUGACAUCACAACUGACUUUUUGCCUCAAAUAUUUGGCCUCGAUGUGUCUAUUACAUGACAAAAUGAUUUCGCUUUUGAUCGCAGAAGUUCCGAAGAAGUUAAAUAUUUCAGCGGUUGAAUGAGCAGUUCUUUGAUAACACGCUCAACAAAUAUCUACAAGCAUUACUAAAAGAAAUUUAAAAAAUGGAAUAACUGCUUAAUCUUUGUAAUUUGAUGCACUGUUUGUUCGUCGGGCAGAUCGACUUCCAUUCUCGGGCAGAUUGUCCUUCGGGCGGAACGACCGCAAUUCUUUAAAAUUAGUGUCGCCCUGAGCCAGAUCAACUUGCAUGAGUUUAUUCAAUUUUCCCAGCUUAUUUUUUCUACAGCUAACCAAUAAGAGCCUUUACAGAUCAAAAGAAUUUGUUUUUCUUUGAGUUUAAAAGCAGUUUCUCCUAAAACGCUCGUUAGAGGAUUCCAACACCAUUUUUGCCGAAAUCUCUUACGCGAUUGUAUCUUCUAAGUCACGCAAUGGUCACGAAGUUGAUUUUGCCACUGGACGUCAUGACCUUUUAGAAGCAAAACAAAAUACCAAGAAGCCACCCAAUAGAUGAAAUCUAAAUUCCCAUCAUGUAGAUAUACUUCCAAUUUAUCUGUAUUCGCAAUGGGAAUGUACAGCAGUCAGCAAGUGAGUCCUCAGGGAACUUUCCACGCUUUUGAGGAGCAUGAAAAACUGAGGCAGCGACACGUUUUCCCAAAUGUGAACAUUGCGACCUCUUACACUCGUGAAUUUUUCUCUCUUCUUUUUCAAGGAAGCAACGUUUAAUAAUCGAACUACAAAAGCGUAUUAAAAAAAGUGUGAUUACGCGAUUGUUAGACCCUGAGUUUUUAACUGCAUGAGGAACGAGAAGCAGCUAAAAAAUUAAACAGAAUAAUAAAUUACUGAUUAUGUGUUGUGGGCCAUCAGCUAAACUAUUUUAUAGGGCUUUCAAGGAAACGAACAAAUUGACGACAUUUAGGUAAUAUGAUAGCGACCAUUUCAUUACAUCGACAACCUAGUUCUCAGAUUGGGGUGGGAAUAAGAGAAAAACUGAGAACGAGGUUGCGUCAUCGGUAAAUGGUUCUAACAUUGGCGACACGGAUAUCCCACCUUAAAAGGCUUCAGAGACAGCUAUUAGAAAAAAAUCGGAAUCGAGUGAGAACAAGAGCAAAUUUUUUCCCAUCUCAGGAGCACAUUUAAUUAACACACUUAAUUUAAUCAGUUGUCGUCGUUAACAAUCCUAGAAGGUAUACAGGACGGCGACAAAGAUUUUUUCCCCAUGCUCCCGACGAACUUUACGGCAUGACGAAAUGAAAGUUCUGUUGGAACAGUUAAAUAACAUUGGCUUAGCUACUCAUUCCUCGACGCCAACAUGCGCAUUCCUCGCAAAGCGACUGCAGUUUUUCCGGAUGUAGGGCUUCUUGCGCCUGACAUCUGAAAGGUCAUUGUCGAUGUUAACCCGGGUGGGACUCCCAUAUAAAAAUGACAGGGGUGCUCGUCGGAGAAUUUCGAAAACACCCCUAAAAGGUAUCAGAAUCGUGUUCCGUGGGCGUGGCCCAGAUUCAUUUUGAGGUACUAAUAAUUCCAAAAAUAUAAAUUAUUUGCGCAAAUACAGUUACGGUCUUGUCAUUUUUCAGAACUAUAACCUUAAAUUCCCCGAGACUACAACAACUCUAGCGGCGGUUAUUAGUGACAAAAAAGUUAAGAGCCGCACAUUAUCAAAUCUCGCUUCACCAAGUAGAAACUGGGUUUAAAAUUUACAUGGCCGUAUCAAGGAAGAGCGAAUGAGUAUUAUUAUUUUUUUGUGCCCUUGAUUUUGUGUUGUUUAAAUUAAACGGGCAAAAUGUUUGUUACCUAUGCGGAUUAGUUCUAUCGGUGUUUAGAUCUGUGGCGCUUUUAUUUCUGUCAUGUUAACGUCCUCUUUGUAACGAAAGAUAUUUUAUUUAUUCACAUCACCUCCUACAUUUUGCAAUUUAUCUCCGUGCAAUCAGCAUUCGUGUCUCAAUUUGGUUAUUCUGUUUCUGAAACGACGUACCAAAAUUUUGUAGCGUAAUUAGUCUAAUUAUUGACUUGUACCUCGGCCGCUUGUGGGAAUGUUGUUGCGUGACAAUUAAAUUUAUUCAUAACUACUCACUGAGGAUCUGGAUGUAGGAAAAUAGCAAUUCGCGGGGUAUUUUGUUUGAGCUAUUGUAGGGUUACCGUUAUAAAGUGUAAUUAAAUCAAUGUUCAUUUCAAGGAAGGUAAACGUGUAGCGAAAGUAUGCGGGACAAUAAAAAAGAGGUACUAGAAAUAUUGUGGGACGAGUCAAGAGUGCCAUCGAUCGCCUUUAUUGACCUUUGCUCAGGCGGUUGGUUCAUGAUACGCCGACAUAGCCAGAACUAAUCUGAAGUAUAAAGAAAUGUUUCUUCAAGGUGAACCUAACGUGACCUUUCUGUUGAACGUUUUUUUUUUCUCAAGGAAAAAGGAUUCAUUUCCAAGUAUAAAAAUAUUUUGUUGAAGGCAUACGUUUAUUGUUACCAGUUGUUGACAGUUAAUUGAUAUGAUUUUCCCAAUUUUUUAAGCGUCGGUGCACGGUCCUCAUUGAAAGCCUGGAAAUAAAUUAUAUACCUGCUUUUAUAACAACAUUUCCCCUUUCAAGAAUUCUAGCGAUUCAGUGCUUUACCGGGCAAAGAAAAUGUCGCUUGAAAAAGUGCACGAAAUAAAAAUUUUUAGAACGCGAAUUUUAGCGAUUGUUGAAAGCUUCCCGUGGCCUAACAAUUCAAAUCUACAGGUCUUUAAAUUGAGUUAAAAACUCGGUUAACCUUCAAAGAGAUAUUUGUAUGCUUAAAACAGGGUUUUAAUGCGAUGCGACUCAGAUCAGAGCAGUAUGAGACAUGUUUACUUCAGCUGUUUUCAUGACACGUGGGGUGUUCUAAGUUUUAACUUUUUUUCUGGUUUUAAAAGGUAUAUUUGAACAAAUUAAACCCACCACGUUCCUUGGCCCUACCAUAGGGUAUCUUUAAAAAAAAUAUCAAGGAUAUUGGUGGUCUAUCAUAUGUCACCUCCUGCUUGGUGUUUGUGCACAUUCGCUAUUAAUUAUUGUUUUUUGGUUUAAUGAGAAUGAUGUAAGUAUACCAUAUGUUAAAUUUUAGAGCUGAGCAACAGAGAAUAGAACAAUCAACUCCUACAAAACUGAAGAGCAUGACAAAGUUUGACUGGUUGGUUGGUAGAUUGUUGGUUUGAGUUUUAAUUGUUGAUUUUGUUGUUGUUCUUUGUAUUAAUAAAAAGUUGAGACAAUUACAAAACUCCCUUUCAAAGGAAUUAAGAUGAAGUGGUAGAAGAGGUAACUGAAGGUGGUAAAAUAUUUCUUUUUUUUGGUCCUUGGUACAGUAUAGUGUAGUGAACUUUUUGGUGUUUGUUGGACGAUACAGAGAACUGAACUGAGUAACAUUAAGGAAAGGCAAAUUACAGUGAUGAUGGUAGUCAUUCAAAACCAUAAAUUUUGGAAUUUUUUGUAAGGAAUUGCAUUUCUUCAUGUUUAUUUCAGUUCCAUCACAGCCCCCUACUGCCUUCAAGCUGACUGCAACAUCUUCUACCAGCAUUGCAGCUUCCUGGCAGUUGCCACCAGUCCAUGCCAGACAUGCAACUAUUACAGGGUUUAAACUGUUUUACACAGAGAAAGGUUCUGGUGUGUCAAUAACAACCGUGACUAUAAGUGGGGAAUCGACAUUUCGUAGAAAUGUCGCCGGGCUUGAUAAGUACACAGAAUAUGAAUUUCAAGUCCUGGCUUUUUCUUCUGAUGGUGAUGGACCUAAGAGUUCUGUUGAGGUGGAAAGGACAAUGGAAGAUGGUAUGUGACAGAUUAGGAAGAGUGAUAAUCUCACUGCUGUGUCUGUAGUUUGUUGUAUGAGAGGUCACUGGGUUUGAUAAUUACACAGAAUAUGAAUUUGAAAUACUGGCAUUCACGUCUGUUGGUAAUGGACCAGAGUUCCAUUUUAACUGAAAGAACUAAGAAGAUGGUAAGGCAUGUAGAAUAUUUAUAAUGUUGCCCACAUACCAGAAUGAAUUUCCUCCUAUAUGGAGCUUUCUUUCUUUUCAUAAUAAUAAUAGAACAAAUUGUGAUGGACCAAAGAGCCCUGUUGAGGUGGAGAGAACAAAGGAAGCUGGUAUUUGAUAGGUGAAGGUGAAAGAGAAAAGAUUAUCACAAUUUUUGAUGAAAUAAAUUUCAUUGGACCUGCAAGGAGAGAAAUGAUCCUCCCAUAUGGGCUGCAACUGAAAGCAAUUGCAGAAAAGAAACUAGUAAAACUACACGAUGCCAGUCGCUGUCUAACAUCAAAGACAAAGACAAACCCAGGAACAAACAGGGAGUAGCUUAUAAGAUCAAUUGUUCCAACUGCCAUGCCUCCUACAUCAGUGAGACUGGCAGAAACCUCACAACUGGACUGAUUAAAUACAAACGAGCGAGGAGGAAAGGCGAUAUCAACAAUCACAUUGCUGAACAUCAUCGACGUACGAACCACACCGUUGACUGGGACUCUACGCAAUGCCUAACCUACAGUACCAACUACUUUCAACGACUGACCCUGGAAAGCUGGUUUACUACCUUGGAACAGACUCCCCUCCACAGGUGUCAACCACUACCAGCACCAUACAAACAACUCAUUCAUGACAUUAACAUUACUAACGAACAGAACAGAAUGACCUAACUUCACAAACAGAUCGAGACUAACCAAUCACAAGUAACUUACGCCACUUGAGUCUUACAGCCGAUAACAUCAUGGCGAAACUGACCAAUCAGUUUAUACAAAGCGGACUAAGAACAUUCGACUGACAACAACUAUUCACUUGACUCUGAUGAUGACUUCUGCUCAGGUUGUUGAAAUGUCAGUCACCACUGCUGACAACAGUCCUUCUCAGGACUACACUCACUUGGACAAUCAAACUACACUAUUACAUGUCACCCCCGGGUUCAAACCAUUUACUAGAUAGAGGGUUCUUUGUUUGGUGGUAACAUUUAACAGGACCAGUUAUAGGCAUUAAGUUUGCCAUUUUUCCGAUUGCAGCUCCAUCAAAAGCCCCAAGCAACUUCAAAGUGAGUGCAGUUACUUCUACAAUUAUUGUAGCCUCCUGGCAGUUACCACCAGCAGACUCCAGAAAUGGAAUAAUUAUAGGAUUCAAAUUGUUUUACAAAAAGAGAGGCUCCUCUGGACAAGCAACCACCCUGACCAUUAACAAUGGAACAGCAUUAAGUAAAGAUGUUACUGGGCUUGAUAUUUACACAGAAUAUGAAUUUGAAGUGUUAGCCUUUACUUCAGUUGGUGGUGGACCAAAGAGUUCUCCUUUAGUGGUGGUGAGAACCAUGAAAGAUGGUAAGAAUUUUAAAACGGUGUUCAAGUCUUUUUAAUUGAGUCUGCACGGUGUACAUAGCAACGACAAAAAAACUUAUGAGCUGAUUGUUGAAUGAGAAAGCAUAUUCUAACAGAACUUUAAUGUUUGAUUGUAUGAUAAGUACAUUUGCAGUAACCAAGGUGGCUUUCUUGUGGUUCAUAAUAUCAAGUGUGUCAUAGUAUAGUUGUACUUGUUUGGAAAAGACAAGAGCAAGGGAUAUUUAGGGGCUACCACUGUGUCCAGGCAGGCCUUAGAUGAAACAUGGCUCCCAUAGCGGUCAAAUAUCUAAAAACAGCCAUGAGCCCUCGUUCUAAGCCAGAAUAUUUCUUAGCUGAUUAUAGGGCUACUUGUAGGUCAUGUGAGACAAUGUAUGGCCCUGAAGUCGUCAUGAUACCAAGGCACCCUUGUUUGGAGACAAAAAUUUCGUGACUGCUUAUGAAAGCUUUAAGAAAGCUGCACAGUGCAGAUAAACUGGUAAUAGUGAACAAUGGUUCCCAUUUUCGGCUGAAAGCAACUGAAUCAGUAGGACUGAAAAAAACUUUAAACCAAGUAUUACAGAGGAGCCUAGGACAACCAACAAAUGUUUGCUACUAAACUUAUGAUGUUCAUUUUAUAACGAAGACUGUUAACUAGAUGAGUCAGCCAAAUUGUGGCCAUUCACCUUUUUAACUUAUCAUUUACCUAAAUUUUAGAAGAGUUGCAGAGAUAUAUGUUAUUUGCCGGCUAAGGGUCGGUCCGUAUACUGAAAAACUGUGACCGAGGUCUUGAAAAUGCUGCCCGAGUCCAGUUUUUCACCAUACAGAACGACUCUUAGCCGGUAAAUAACAUAUUUAUUUUUUAAAUUUAACAAAAUUCUUUCUGAAAGAACCCAAAUGAUUUAGGGCUGUAAAUACGGCAAGAUCUUCCAUAAACUGAACAAUUUUUGAGCGAGUAAAUGGUAGUUAAAAUAGAGUUGAUGUAAAUUAAAGAGAUGCCUCACCGAAACAUUUUCAUUUGCGUAACGAUAAAGGUGAUUUAAAAGGCUUCCAAACAAACUUUGAAACAUUAUUUUUUACAAGUAUCUGUCACAAUCUGACACCUGUCAAUUAGAGAACGCGUAAGAAGAAAAAAAAAGCGCAAGAACUUUUGCAAAACAACAGAAGUAGUUUGGCAAGGAUUGUCAUGGCAAUGUUUUCUUCAAAAACAGUCUAUGAUCUAACGGAAAGUACUCACUCUCAUCGACGAUUAAUUCACGUACGAAGAUUUACCUCUAUUUAUCAAGUAAAUGGCGAGGAAAGUAAUUGUGAGUAAAUUCAAAUUUUUUAUUUUGAAGUUGUGAGAGUUUGCUCGUUUGUUUGCUGCAAUGGCGUGUGUAAAUCUGGUCUUUCCUCCACAAAAACUAAAUUCGAGUGGCACACUCCAACGAGACACAAGGGGAUUUAUUGCAGGCUUUUUCUCAAUAAGUUCCUUCAGCUUCUGUUGUGCAAUUUACGGUACAAAUGUCCAAAUUUAACGGACUUGCAAAGACUCGCUGAGAGCGUAUGUUGUAGAAAUGAAAUUAAAACUUCGCUUGCUCUUUUACUACGAACAAAUUGUUUGAGAAAAUUCAGAUAUUAAAUGAAUGAAAGUUCCAUCGAUUAGUUCAACUGUAACCAAAUACCUCACGUUUUAACUUUCAAGGUAUUUUUAACGGAUGAUUAAAAUUAAUUGCAGACGGUUUUUAGGCCGCUUGUCAACCAACGUAAUAACGCUAUUGCUUAUACACAUUCGUUCUGAAACCAAUAUUUUUCUGUCAACCAGAGUGAUCUGAGAGAGAGAAAGGAGAGGAUUCAUAAGUUAUUUAUCGGCUUGAGGUAGUGGCCGACGUGUUUGCUUAAAAAUACUGCCCAGCCAGAAAAACAAGAUAUAUUUAUGAAAAAUGGCAACGAAAGUUGGGAUGCACUCGGCGACUCACGAAAGCGUUACCGUAGCCCGUGGGCAGAGAUAGGAAAAUACUGACUUGGUAAAGAACCAAUUAGAUUGCAGGAUUCAUUACUGUGCCCUCUUAAAAAAAAUAAAGAAAAUUAUUGAGUGCAUAUGUUGAGAGCUCUACCCCCUUAAACCUUUCUAGUGUUCAUUACUGGUUAUUUUUCCCUGUUAUUUGUAAUGCUUUAAACAGUUUUUAAUUUUUAGGUUGUGUUGAGUUUAAUCUUGGGAUGGAAGAUGGAAGAAUUCUAGACACUGGAAUAAAUGCUUCUUCUUCCAGCACGCCAGCCAAGAACGGUCGGCUGAACUAUGUAUCAGGAUCAUCGUGGUGUGCCAGAACAGGUGACAGUAACCCAUAUCUACAGAUUGAUCUACAAACACUUCAUAUCAUCUGCGCUGUGUCUACUCAAGGGAAUUCUCGAGCAGAUCAGUGGGUGAAGACCUACACUCUACAAUUAUCCAUAGAUGGGACAACUUGGACAAACUAUACGGAAUUAGGUGGACAGGCUAAGGUGUAAAAUACAUUCUGUAUUGAAGCAUUAUUUCUGAAACAAAUGAGAUUUAAAAUGCAUUGACUUUUACAUCUUUAUCAAAUCCCCAUAAGCAUGCACUAGGCAGUGACCAGUUCUUACCCCUUAAAAAAUUAUCAAAUAUAAUGUGUGAUAUGCAUUGUGAUACAAACAGAAACACUGACAUCGCGGCAAAAAAACAUAGCUUACAAGCCCUGAUUCUCAAGAGUCUCUGAGCUGCCCAUAGUUUCAACAUUUCAAUAUUUAUUUAAUUAAUAAUGGUUAAAAAAGAAUGGAAAAUUUUGAGUUUGGUGAAGAAAUUGAGAAAGAUUUUUUUGUCUUGUUACAAGCAUGUGACAAAUCAAAAAAAAAUCUGAGUCCUCAUGUAGAAUCAAACCUCAGACCUUCAGAUUCACUGCUCAAAUUCUGAAAUCACUUAAGUAGUGGCUGACUACAGUAUGUUGGUUAAAGAUUAAAUCACACAUUUCCAUAAUCACCGGUAAGUGAAGCUCAAAUUAUCAAUCUGCCAAUCACUGGGUUUCUCUUUGUUGAAAAAGCAAAUGUAAGAGAAGAAAACUAAUUCAUAGUUAUUAUUUGAAUGAGUAAUUACAUUUAAAUGAAAAUGCCUAAUAACCUCCGUAGGCUAAGCAAAUACAGUGUCUUCAGCUGAGCCUUCAGCAAACGAUUUUUCAGUGCUGUAAGAUUGCUGAAGAGGAGCAUUAAGAAUUUAUGUACACUGCUGUGUAAGACUUCUUUUUCAUAUAUGACAAACUAACUGCCAUUAUUUGUAAAAGAAAAUGAGUAUUGUUAUCCCUCAAUCAUCUGCUUGUUGAAAAUAGUAAGAAUAGAUUGUCAUUCAAAAUUAAUGAGAGAGCUUUGUUACUUGUGGUGAUCAUGUCCAAGGAGCUCAAAGAUGUUUCCUGCCCCAUCUUCAUUUUCAUCUUUAUCAUCAUUUUUCACAGUUUAACUCUUGGCCUUUAAAAGUGACUAGCAUCUUAUUUCUGGUUACAAGAUCACCCCUGAAUCAAAAUGAAGGUCACAUGAAUAAUGAAAAUGAUCAGAAGGUCUUUGUCAUGUAGUGCCAUAGGAAAUGUAAAAAGAACAGUUUGGGGAAUAUGUCUACUGAUGUUUGGGUGUAAAGGUUCAGAAGGAAAUGAUGAUAGAAACUCAAAUGUUGCAACCAGUGUGGAUAUCAUUAUCCCUGCUAUUUGGGGUAUGAUGAGGUGUGACUAUUUGUUUUGUCUUUUAAGGUUCUGAUAGGAAAUGAUGACAAAAACUCAGAAGUAAAGCAUGUUGUUUACGGAGUGUUGACCAGGUAUCUGCGAUUCCGGCCAGAAACUCACCAGGGUGGGGUGUGUAUGAGAACAGAGGUGUUUGGUGUGAAACAAAAGCCAAGUGAGUUUGAAAUCUGAUGUUUCAUGUUUGCUAUGAACUGCCACUGUAGUGGGUAUUCUAAGAUACUCUCUCAAUAUUUAAAGAAGGGUUUUAAACCUAAUAUGUUCUAAAGAUACUGUUUAUACAGUCGUCAAAAACACCAAGCCGCUUAUGAUAACUUGUUGGUUGCAUGUUCAAUGAUUUUUUGCCUUUAACUCGCUAAAGAAACAGCUUAAUUCACAAAGAAAGUAAUGGCUGAUAGAAAAUGCUGAAUUCGAAAUUUUUUUGGUACCCAAAAUUUUGUUUUAACUUUUUAAAACUAUCUGUUCUUUUGAUAUGUACAAUAGAUCAGAUGUAAUUUUUGUGAUGUAAAACUCAAAUUAUUGGCUUUAAUAUUAUUGGGAUAAAUACCAACUAAGUUGAGGUGAUAUUUGAUCUUAAUAUGCUGUAGGAGUCAGUUGAUUAAUCUUUUCAAUUAAUAAGAAACUUCUCUCAUGAUGUAGUCACUGAGAUGUAGAUUGCAACAUUUCCACUGCCUACUGUUAGUCUUCAUCAGGCAAUGGGGUUGACUACUUAGGCAUUACCAUUUGUAUCAUGAGGUUCUAUUGUGAUUGGGAGAUUUCAAUCCCCAUUGUUCCAAUGAGUACUGGUAUCCCAAACUCCUCCCCAAGCAGAGAGCAUGUGAGGCAGUUCAAGUUCACAGCGGUUUUGCCCUAUGUAAAAGGUGUAUCAGGGCCUAUUUACUGUUGCCUACAACAACAAGACAUAGACGCAGUUUUUAAGUCUGACACAACACUUGGGUUGCAUUUACAGUGUAUUUCCUGACGGAUUGCAGCAUUCAUUUGGUUAUUUUGCAAACAGUCAUGGCUUCAUUUUCUUCUACUUUUCCAUCACUCUUUAUCUGUAUUUCUGUAAUAGUAUCUUACAUAUUGUUUAGAAGUCUAUUAAAUGGAUGGUAUUGAAAACAUACAUGAAAUAUGCAAAGAUAUGAAGGUAAUCUUUCAAUUGUUACCUUGCAGCAUGUGACUCACAAGCAAUUGGUUUGGCAAGCAGUGGUAGAAUUCCAGAUAACAGCUUCUCAGCCAGUUCAAUAUUUGCUCCCAGAUAUGCAGCUAAAUAUGGUCGUCUUAAUGGAGAAAAGGCAUGGGAACCUAAGACUAAUUUUGAUCCUGAUGACUACCUACAAAUUGACCUUCUGUAUGAGUAUGUUAUCUGUGCUGUUGCUACUCAAGGGAAUCCACCAUCCCAAUCACCAGCUCAAGAAUGGACCACAGAGUACAAACUGAGAUUUUCUUUCAGUGAUAACACCUUUUUUCCUUAUGAAGAAAAUAAAAUUGACAAGGUUGGUUUGUUUUGCUCUUGUAUACAAGUAUUCAUAACAGGCAAAAUCAACACUUGUGGUACAAAACUAAAACUACUCACAGCAAUGACAGAUUUGCUUAUUAAUGUCGUAGGAUAUUAACAAUAUUCACCAAUGUUAACAUUACCCACAAUAUACUUGUGUUGCUUACAAACCAUAUUGACGUUACUUUUAAGAAUUAAUGGUGACAUUUUCUAAUCAAUUACAUGUACAUGUGAGGAUCAAUAUGGAGUACACACAUCAAAAAGCAUGUAGUCUAUCAGUUAAAUAUAUGUUUUGAUAGGAGUAUGAGUGUACAAAGAUGUAGUAAACACAGACCAAUUCUAACUGUUCAAUCACACUUUUAAAAAAAUACCUUAAAAUUUAAAGAUCGAGAAUGAAGUGGUCCUAAUCUCUCUGACAGUCAUUAUGUAACCUAACCUAUGCCAUUUCCCAAGGCACAAUCCCCUGGUGCUCUUCAAAUGACUUGCUGAACUGUCUCAAGCUCUUUAGUUUUCAACCUAGGAUGUAUGCACUUAACCUACAGAAAGCAGAUUUCCAUUCUGUGCAUUACAGAUUCUCAUUUGGUGUUCUUUUGCAAAUUACAUAUUUUCAUAUUACAAGUUACAGAUUUUUAUCUUGCAAAUUGUAGAUUUUAAUUUUAUUUCAUUCACAAAUUACAGUAAACCAUAAACUAUGCCAAGUUUCAACACACCAAUACCACUUUUCGUAUAACAGGCCUUUCCAGGAAAUUCAGGAAAAACUGACACUGUGAAAAACAGUCUAAAGGAAUUUGCAAGUGCAAAGUUUAUACGCUUUCUGCCAACAAAGUAUAAUAAGUUCAAAGUUCUGCGAGUGGAGGCUUAUGGAAUACUUUUCACUAAAGGUAUUUAUUUGUUCUCAUUUUUGUCCCCCUGAUACAUUCUGAAGUCACCAUUAAGGUGAGAUUGGACAAUUAACAGAACAGUAAUGGUUGUUAUACAAAAAUAUAAAUGGCUCCCACAGCUGGGUUUUGGAAAAAAAAAGAAAUUGUUUAAUUUUGAAAUAGUGCAAAUAAUCUAAAUAUGAUUCGCCAGCACUAAUUUACAUAAAAUGAGCAACUAAGGAUAAAUGAUUGCCAUUUGCUGUGAACAAUUAACAAAAAUUAUUGUUCUUUGUUAAUUGAAGACUUAAAUAAUCCUUAUCGUUCAGCUAUCACUUGUGGAAAGGAAAUAUAUUAGAUUUUUGACUUGUGCUGGUACAUUUUUGGGUGACAGAGGUUAAACUGCGAGUUAAGUUUAUCGAAAAUUCUUUGUAUUUUUCUCCAGAUUGUGGUGAAAAUAUUUCCCCUUUGUGAAUAGAACGCCUCAACGUUUUUUUCUAAAAAUAAGUAAUACUGUCCUCUGAUAAUUUAGAGGUUUUUACUCUAUUUUUUAGCACCAAGUGUUGGCCCAGAACCUCUUUCACUCUCCCCAGUGAACAAGACGACUUUUAACAUUUCAUGGGAACCUCUACCAAGAGAAAAGAGUCACGGAAAAGUUAUUUUGUAUGAAGUCAAGGCCAUCUUCUUGAGGAAAGGAAAUUUACGCAAACGAUCUGUCAUUAACAGCCCCUCUGUCAAUACGUCGGUGACAUAUGUUGUCCUGUCUGACUUGGAACUUUGUGCUAAAUAUAAUGUCUUUGUUCGAGCUUACACAGCAGAAGGGCCUGGACCCUAUGGCAAACCUUUGGAACUGGAAACAUCAAGUGAGUUUGAUGAGAUUAUUAUGGAAAUUGUAGUGGUUUGUGACAUGAUUGGUGAAACAAAAUACUAAAAAAAUAAUUUUGUUUAUUUUAUGAUUAUUGACAAUUUUAAAAAAGCACAACUUGUAACAUUCAUCAUAUGAUUAGAUUCUUUCCUCAUGUUAUUCUGACCCGGUUACUUUUUCAACAUACAAGGCCUUCCUUUAACUGUUUUGUUCUAUUACAUAACAUUACAGGACCUGACGCACCAGGGGAAUUUAAAGUAACAGACUCUGGAACAAACCAAAUUACCGUGGCGUGGAAACAAUAUGAUAAAAAGGAAACAAUUGUCUAUGCUGUAAGUUGGAUUAAAAUUACCGUAUUUGUUCCCUUUGGGAGAAAUUAUCUCGCAUGUAAUUAUAAGUAGUAUGUAUACAGUACAUAGUUAGACAUGUCUUGAAAUAAGAAUAAUAAUAAUAAUAAUCGAAAUAUUUAUCCAGGAUAACCCUUCAAUACAAAAGUACUGUUAUUAACGGGGUUCUGCUGAUUAAGAAUUUAAAACUAAGAAAUAAAAAAAACUAAAAUAUAUAUAAGACAGUGCCUAUAGUACUAUCUAGAUAGAUAGUACCUAUAGUGCUAUAAUUUCAAACUUAUGUUUGUGUGAGAUGUUUUAUGUAUAUUCAUAUUUUUAGUGCUGAUACUAAUAAAUGUGUAAUGACGAUACCAAAGGGAAUUCCUUAUUAUGUUUCAUAUGCAGGAUUUUGUUUCAAUUGAAACUUAUUUUUCAAAAGAAAAAAACAACAACUCUUAUCUUUGCUAAAUUUUCAAGAAAAUUUAACCCUUGUGAAUGACUUGAUUCCAAGUCAGACCAAUGAUAUCUUAGUCACAACGUCAUAUAUUUACAAAAGGGAAGUCCUUCUUAAAUAUUUUGACUCAAUUUAAAUUUAUAUCACAAAGGUCACCAGGCAAGUCACCCAAAAUGACACCAGAGUCAUCAUUUCAGCUGGAAACUAUUGACUUGGUUAAAUCUCAUCCCAAGCCCAUUCUUGAAAUCGCAUAAUUUGUACCAAACCAAAAAUUCAAAAUUACAAAACUUAUUUAUUUCAUCUGAACAUUAACUGUUCCUCGAAAUUCACAAUUGCUAUAUAAAAAAAAAACUUUGUAUAAUUUUAAUUUGUCUAAGGUUACUUCCUAUCAGCGAUUUUGUAAUUAGAUUAACGUAGAUUCUACAACUCGGCUUGAAUUAUGGAAACAUUAAAUUUGUAGUAAUUUUAUAUCGGAGCCUUUUUUACUUAAUCGUGAAGGUGAAGUACACUGGAACAAAGUCCUACAAUAAAACGUUCAGAGAUGCUGAGAAGACUAUAAAAGCAAUAAAGGCAACAACACAGAAGGUAGAAGGGUUGAUUCCAGGCACUACAUAUGAAUUUAGAGUUCAUGGCACCUCUGUUUGUGGCGAUAGUGCUUCCAGAGUUAUCUCAGUGAUGACAGAUAUGAUGGGUAAGUUUCCAAAUUCUUUGAGGCUAACCAAACAUUGUAAUAAGUUAUCUAUGAAACUAUCUAAGAAAACAUUCGCUCUGACGAAGGGCCAACGCUCCAAACGUCAGCUUUGAAACUCUUAACGGCAGCCAAUUUACGUCAUCAUCCCAGUUGACAAUACAAAAUUACCUUGAUAUACUCUCACACCGACGCAGCACCAAAGUUUCUUUAGAAACUUACCCCCUUGGAUCAUUUACCUACGACACUCUUACCUUUCCAUUUUAAUCAAAACUGAUAAAAUCAAAUUUUUCAAAUUUUUUGUUUUAGAUAGAUCUGGCCACGCUUGCUUGAAGGGAGCUUAACGCUAUCAUCUGGUUCCUUGUGUAGUAUAUCGAUAGCGAUUUAUCCGUUGGAUAGCUUUAUCUGCCCUUUGAACAAAUGGACCUUGUUUUCGAUGUUCGUUUGCUUUCGAAAUGAAUUGGUGAAAAUGAUUUCUUUUCUACUGGUGAAAGAAAAUAAUAUUAAAACUGACGGUUGAUAAUCAAUAGUGCCCAAUGUCUUUUAAGAAAUAGCUCUAAUGAGUACAUCGAGUUACAUGUACACUGAUCUUCCGAAAAGUCUUUAAAUUGCGACCAUUAAUUGGUAAUGCCAUGAAAUUCUGUCAAACAGAAAUGAAGUAUUUAAUGUCUUGCCGUCCAUUUGAUCAAGUUAACCUCUUGAACAGUUGAGUUAUAUUAAUUCACUAAUAAGAUUCUGCUUAGAGUCCUGAAUCACCUUCUGAACCUGUAAUCAUACAGCUGUAUUAUCUCAUUUUCUGUGCAAGAGUGUUGUUGUGGUUCAGAAGCUAUUUUUUUCCUUACCAGCUCCUGAAGCCCCACAUCCACAUGAUAUAACCGAUGUUGAGGUCUCUCAGACAGCUGUGGAUAUUUAUCUGUGGCCUGUUGAACAAAAAUAUGGUCCAGUAAGGUAAUUAUCAAUAAGAAUGUGAUUUUCUAAAGAACCAGAGGUGGAAUAGAUCCUGCAUUAAGAUAUAAGGUAAGAUUACCUGCCGCCUCUCAAUAAAUGAGGUCACGCUCCCUCCACGAAGGCUGGAUUCGUGCGUGCGACGAAAAUUAAACUUAAGAGGCGUUAGAUAUUUAAUAAUUUUUGAAAAAGGUUCAUUAAAAGGGUCCUUUAGGAAAUCAAAUUUAGGAGGCGUUAGAUGUUUUAUUAUUUUUGAAAAAGGUUCAUUAAAAAGGUCCUUUGGGAAAUAUUAAAUGAAUUACGAAACUGUUGGCGGAUUCUCGAUGAUAAUGGUCAGUGGCCCCUAAAUGCUCUCUUAAUGGCCUCUUUUCGAGAUGUCACUCAUUAGUCUGGCAUUUUGUUUUAUACCUUUCAGUGCUUAUCAGGUUAUUGUUCUGAAAGUCGCUGAUGGCGUUAAAGAGCUUCCAGACAAUUAUGAUUCCACACUGAAAGCUGUCAGUGAUGGUAAGAUAGAGAACGUGAAUUUUUACAUUGCUGCUGAGAUAGAAAAUGACCCAUUACUCAGCAAACCUCGGAAAUUUACCGUUGGCGAUGGUAAUAAAUUUAAGGAAUUUGUGAAUGAAGAACUUGAGAAAGGAGAAAACUACAUUGUGUAUGAGAGAGCUCUAACUAAAGCCGAGAAGGUAUGUAAACUACUUAUUUCAAAAAUUUUCCUCUUUUUUUACAACCAGAAUCAUCUGACCAUCAGCGUGGUGAAACGGUCUGCCUUUUCUUCUGGAAAAAAUAUCUAACCCCUCUCUAUAAAGAUUUGACCCUGGGGGAGGCCUACCUUAAACUCACUAGAGCACAAACGUGCUCCCAUUAGUUUUACAACUGGGUUUAUUGACCUUUUUCCCAGUCGAUUUUUAAGAGUAGCUUGCUAGACAGUACCUAUCUGUAUUUGCAAUGCAAAUACAGAGAAAGGUGUAUGUAAACACAUGUCCUCCUAGUGUAUGUAAACACAUACACUAGGAGGUUAUGUAAUCGAACCACACAAUAACUUUGCAGUUCCUUUGGUCUCGAUUCAGUGGCCUCUUUGAUUUUAAAGCACGUGCUCUUUUUGUUUUUGUUUUUGUAUAUUUCACAGGGGGAAUUAAAAGGAUAUGCAAGCAUAGUUGCCAAAAUUUCCAUCACCUCUACUACCACGGGUUUGUCUAUAUUGUACUUAACAAGCAAUGAAGUUACAUAUUGUACUACAAAGUAACAGAGAGCAAAAUGAUUUCUGGAGCAGUUCUUUACUUGCAAGAAUGUUGGCUCCGAGAGCCUCAUGCCCAGGCUGGUAUUAAUUACAACUGCCCUGGAGAUUCUCCUCCUCAGAUUAUCUAGAUCAUCAAGCUAUGCUCAAUCCAAAACACCGACUUCGAGUGUUGACCGUUUACCCCAGAUUUUGUCUCACUCAUGAUCAGUUUCGUAGGAAGCUAAAUUUGGUGACGAUAAUAAGCUGCAUCGCACAUCGGAGCAAACAAAAUGAUUUUGAUAACACAAUUGCGGUGUGUCACGGGUAUCUCUCUCGUCUUGUUCAAUAAAGUUUAGAAACUGGACUUGGCGCUGAUUUUUUUAAUUAAAUUGCUCGUAGUACUGAGCUUUAUUGAGCUACGUCACAAUAUUUUGUGUGUUUUUUUUGCCGUUUUGUUCCUGAAAAACUGUAAUGAAUGCGAGGGAAACAUAAGUUAAUUGAUUUCCAGGGUAGACAAACACAAUAGAAGUACGAAUGAGCCUAAAAAGAACAAGGAUGGUUAAGAAUGGAGAAGUUUAACAGUGGUUACUAAUGAAGAAGUUCUAAUUUGACGGUUAAAUGUACUUUGCUCGACCUAGCUCCAUUGAGACUUCCCAGUGGCAGGAAACAAUGGUACAGUUAGUAGUGCAAGUCAGCACUCCAAGCUGCAAUCAUUUUGGUUGCCAUGGCGACUAAAUUCUCAGCGAAAGUCGACGAAUUCGCCACAUGUUUUCGGCUGUCAAGUAGCAAGCUGUAAUGCUUUCAUUUUGUAACAAAAUUUAAUGGCCCACACUAGGAGGUAGAGAAACACUUUCAUAAAAUAUAAUGAGUUAAUUCUGUACCGUUGCCGGUUGUGCGAGUGUUUAGUCUUGAUGUCACGCGAAUCUUUAAAAUAGUUGUCGACCACUGUCGACUAAAAUUCUUUCUCUUACGGCGAUUACCUGGUUUUCGGCCGCUAAAUGUCUACUCUGAAACAACUUCAAGCUUGGAGCACUGCAAGUAGCAAUUCCAGAAGAGCUUAAUUAUUAAAUGCUCUUUACAUUUUUCUUAUGCAGAAGGUGAGAAAAAGGAAAAGUCCAGCGGUUCUAACACUGCAGCUGUUGCUGUACCUGUAGUCCUGUUGCUAUUUCUUAUACCAGCAGUUGUUAUCGCUGUGUUCUUAUACAGGAGGUUUGUUUCGGUUUAAGACUGAAUCCUAGUGACUGAGCGUAGAAAAAGAGUAUGGCAGCUGAAAAUUCGACAUUUUGUUCUUUUUUUUUAGGAGAAGGCAGUCAAGAUCGAAAAGUGCCGGGGAAAGAUCUGUUCAACUAGGUAAAAUUAAAGAUGAUUCUCAAGACCUUACCUCAAGUACAUCAAAUAUGGUCUAUCAAAAUGUAGGAGACAUUCGUCGGACAAUUCAUGGUAAUUUUUCGUAGAUAAAGGUGAAAUCAAUACAUACAAUAUACAUGUUAGUUUUCUAGGAGAGGGUCAUUGAAAAACUUUCACGGUUGAAGUCAUAACGUUCGUACAAUUAACUACAAUUGAAUCGUUAUUUUCAUGUUAAAAAGGUUGUUGGAAUGCCUUGCUAAAUUUUUACUUAAACGGUGUCGGACUUAUGUAUUGUCUGUGUAACAAAGUUAAAUCUUCAAAGUCAUAAUUUGGAUCAGCAUCAUUUCAACUAGGAAAGUGGCGAAAACUUUUCAAAUUAAUAUAGGAAGUGGUUUGUACCAGGAGCAAUUUUUAAUCGUGUAGUCGAGUUUGCCGUGACGCUAUUUGCUGCAAGAUUCAAACAGUGUAACUCGGUCAUGAUUGCACCAAUCAGCUAUUACGAACCAGAUUUAGUUACAUCUCUUGACUAACAAAACAAUUUCUCACUUAAUUGUGCUGAUGAAAUUUUCCCAAGUCGUUGAAAAGUCUUCAUCGCAGUCGAAAACAGUCCUUUUCAAAUAACUCUCACCUGGUCUAUUGGACUGCGUGUAACUGGCCAUCCUUUUUAAAUACAUUAAAAAAAAUAAUCAAACUAGUUGAUUGGGGACUUGUAUCAAAAGAAAGUUGUUGCUAUAUAUUUAAAGUUAAAUUACCUUGGUACAUGAUUCUCAGACAGCAGAUACCUUGAGUCUAAAAAUAACUUUGUGGGGGUAGUGGAGCUACUCCAGAUUUAAAGGUUACUCAAGGAAUACACUCUCAUAGCUUGUUCGUUACUUGAGCUACAUCUUAAGGUCGGGUUAGGUGUUUCUUGUUGAGUGUAGCAAACGAAACGGAGCAAUUGGAGCGUAUCUGUUACCUAGGAGGAGAAUUGGUAACACGAUCGAGUGUCCAUAGAGAAGAUCAAAGGAAUUGUAGAGUUCCUUAUGAGCGAUUUUUCUACCCUACAGGUGCUGAGAAACAGCCUGUUAGUGAAGAAAAAGAAGCUAUUUACAGUGAGGCUGACGAUGGUAAACCCAAACCAAUACCUGUGGCUGAGUUUCCAAAGUACUUCAAGAGAAAAUCAGAAAAUGGUGCCAUUGUGUUGCGUGAGGAAUUUAAGGCAAUUAUCUAUUAUAGUUUUUACCUCUUUCCUUUUCUUUCGUAUUAUCGUAUUAUUGUAUGAUACAGUAAUUGUGAAUAUUUCUCGAAUUGUUUCGUGUUUUUUAUUUUGUUAAUGGACAACUUGACAUAUAUAUGCUUCAGUACAUUAUGUAUCACUAUUUUUGCAAAAGCGUAAGAACAAUUUUUUGGAUGUCGUUGCAAGGGUCAAAAAAGUGAUGACAUCUAAUCGGUUUUGAUAAGGGCACAUGUAUUGAAACUUAGUUCAUACCUUUUCCAGUAUUUGCCAGGUGGGAUGCAGUUUGCUUGGGAGAUUGGCAAGAGUAACAGAGGCAAGAACCGUUAUGGAAACAUUGUUUCAUGUGAGUACAUUCCAUCAACUUUGUAAGUAUUUUUAUGCAACGGUAGCUAUGUAAAACCUAGAAGUUUAGAUAACUAGAAGUCAGCUUCUAGUGCAGGGACUGUAACUGGUGCUUCCCCUUUCAGUCGUGUUUUGAGGCAAUAAAGUCCAACCAACUUAAUAACCACCUCUCAGCUGGAUGGUUAGCUCAGUUGAUAGAGUAUUACACUGAUCUCACAGAGGUCAUGGGUUCAAAUCCCGAUCAGGCCUGAAUUUUUUUUUUCAAAUUUCAUUGUUGAUAAAUCGCAGAACUAUUCUGGGAUUAACAAUCGCUUCAAAGUUGGUGAUUUAGGAAGUGGUGAGCUUAAAUCUUGAGAGUAUAUUAUGUUUGAAUCCAAAUUUUGAAUCUUACGUUCAAAGCGCAAUAAUUAUUAAGAUUUCUUUGCAUUUCACACCAUUAAAAAAACCGUUGAAAACUUCAAUAGAAACUGAAUAAACGAUUGUGUUUGUUCACAGAUGAUCAUUCUCGUGUUUUGUUGGAGGAAAUAGAGGGUGACAAAAACUCCAGCUACAUCAAUGCAAGCUACAUUCCGGUCAGUAACAAAAAAUGCAUACGACAACGUGAACACAGCACAACGACACUACGACAUGACACGACAAGACAAGACAAAGAAGAACGACAAAGUCGACCCUACUUGUUUGAUAUAAUGAAUAAAUAAAUAGAUAAACAAUCGAUAGUUGAGUUGCUUAUCGUGAAUUUUUGUUAUCUUUUUCAAAUAUCUCUCCUCAGACCUACGAUGAGGUCACCGUGACCUAUAUCGCAACACAAGGUAAAUAUUACUUGAGGUGUCUCGUGGAUACACUGUUAGUGGUCGCACGCUAACACGUAUUACUGUUGAAAAGCUCGUGGGAAAUCUGACGCAACAUAGAGUCAGAGGGCUAGCAAAUGUCCCAUGAUAAUGAGGGUCACUUUCACCUGGUUCUUUAUCGGUAUAUUUAAUCGUGAACCCUUUCCAGAGGGACACCCCUGGAAGUAACAAAAGCGUCGUCGAUCCCAUAAAGGUAAUACAUUGUAGGAACAAAGCUUUUAGAAAACUCUCAUCCAGUUCAGACGAUAGUUCCUAGACUUUUAGUGGGCGGAGAUUAUCACUCGUCAUUACAGGGUUCCAUCACUUGUUGGGCUUUUUGUUGCGGCCUUUUACCAGAAUUUUGCGUUGUUUCAGUGUUCUACUCUGUGGGCAGAAGUACUCAGGGAAUAAAGCAGCAAUAAAUGAUGAAAACUCCCAUACUCCCAAAAAAAUGACUUGUCCCAUUCUUUUGUAAAUAAAUGCUAAAAAGCUCCUAUGAAAUUAACUCAUGUUUCGCCCCUCUUUUACAAUUAUUCUUACUGCUGUUUUAAUGAUUAUUAGGUCCAACUUCUACAACUAUCGCUGAUUUCUGGCGAAUGGUCUGGCAGGAAAACAGUUUCACCAUUGUGAUGCUUACAAACCUGGUUGAGCUGGGAAAGGUAGACGUAGCACAAGUUUUUAGUUUGAUGUUGAACGUAAUCCAGAGUUUCAGUGAUUUUUCAUUUUCUACACUUUAUGAGUAGUCUGUAAAAUAUGCAUCAUAACCUCAGCCAACAAGCCACUCGGCGAUUAGGCUACUUGCGUAGCAUGCUGUACGAUAAAGUUGUUGGUCGCUAUAUAUAGUAUCAAACUAUUUUUUUCCUAUCAUAUCUUUAGGACAAAUGCAAUCAGUAUUGGCCAGAUGAUACUUCCAAAUUUGGUGCUAUCACAGUUACCCUAUACAAGACUGAAACAUUUGCCGAUUACGUCAUCAGGUCAUUGAUUGUGACAAAGGUGGGUUGUCUCUGUUCGGAGUGAAAUUACGUUAUUUGGAAUACGACGUCUUGCAUUUUUUUACUGUAAACUACUUGCAAAGAAUGACUGCGUAUUUUAAACCAAGAGAGAUGCCUUUGUAACAACAUUCCCUUCAUGAGAACGAAUUUUCACUUAGGACUCAGAAAAAAGGACCGUGCAGCAGUUUCAUUAUGUCACUUGGCCAGACAAAGGUGUCCCACAACAUUCCACAGCUCUACUUGGAUUCAGACAAAAGAUUCAUGCAAGGCACCAGGCUACUGGUGGACCACUUGUUGUGCACUGCAGGUAAAAAGCAUAGUAAAAUUUGAAGACUUCAAAUUAAAUGCUUCACAUUCGCAAAUAUUUAUCGUAUGUUGGUUUAGUUCUUCUGUAGAUAUUUCAAUUGCGAUUUCAAUUGCGAUUUCAAUCUGGUUUGGAUAACAGGAAACAAACGUGUUGAUCAGAAGAAAGAUUAAUGUCACAAGGAACCUAAAAGAACUGAAAUUAAAACAGGAAAACUGUCUUAAGUGUUAGAAUUAUAUGCGUUAGUGUAGGGCUUUUUUCUAGUGUAGUUAACCCUUCAGCUCCCAUGAGUGACUAAGACAGAAUUUCUCCUUACAAUAUCAAUACAAUGUCAACCAGAUAGGUGAUGAGCAUAAAGAGAAAUACCAGCUUGGGGAUAAUUAGUUGAUCCAAAACUUAAUUCUCCGAACUAACAUAUCAAGAAUUGUAUGGUUGGCAGUUAGGAGAAUUACAAAUUUGGUCGAAGAGCUAUAGGGUUGAUAAAUAGAUCUCAAUUGUUUACUCUCAAUACUCUUACUGAUCACACCAAUGAUGUCGAGAAUUAGUAAAAAUGCUAGUGAACCCUGCUAGAAGCGAAGCCUGGAGGUAUCUGAUGUAUUUCAAAAGUCAGGUCUCCAACUUUUACCUUCUACUCGUGCCGUUUCCUCUUUAUUGGUCGCGAUCCAUAAUAGUUCUUGCUAUUUUUCCUCAAUGUCUAUUGCUCUCUCCGUUGGUUUUUCUUUACAUCUGUUGUUACCUUUGUACAGUGCUGGUGUUGGUCGAACUGGCACAUACAUUGCUAUCGACGCCAUGUUGGAGAGUGCUGAGAAGAUAAAAACUGUGUUUAUACAGAAUUACGUGCAAGUCAUGCGUAGAUCUCGUCCUCAUAUGGUUCAGAAAGAUGUAAGUUUAAAAAUUUAACCGUUUUUCAUAAGAAUAACAGCAGCAAAAGUCUUAUUUAUUCUCCCCCAGUGCAUCUUUAGAAAGAGUAUGGGUCAUGAUAUUAAAACUGAUACGGUGUCUUAAUAACCCAAGCCUGGUCAUUAUGAUGACCGUCAAAGGCCUUUUUAUGAUUUCGAUAUGACACCCAAAUGAUUUUAUAUAAAAUCCUAACCUUUUAAACCGAAUUUUACUGAAUGAAAACCAUAAACAGAAAACUGAAAAAUUGAAUUUUUCACAAUACUGUUACGGGAAAAUUUACUGAUUUUCCCGUGUGUGUUAUUCGGAGCAUAUUUAUUCGUAAACUUUUACAUUUAACCAUUUCAAGUCCUUUCAUUUCAAUAAAUCAAAAAUAUGCAUAAAAACCACAGUAGCUUUUGAAUAGAUUUUUGUUGUUACUCGCUUUCAUCAUAUACACCUGCUUGUCGGCACUUUUGUUUUUUAUUUCAUGGUUUUUUUUAGGUAAAUAUAAGUGUUAAUGGUCUUUCUGGAAACAUUGGUUUUCAUGGUAGAUAGCAGCUGAGUUUAAACGCGUAAAUCUAAUUUCUUUUCAUGCGAUGGUUUCCAAACCAAUCUUGCGCAAAUAAGCAGAAACUUUUAAUUGCUUUUCCGUUUUCUAUUUCCUAAGCUGCGCUGCUGCAAUUAAGAUAGGUAUUGUUUUCUAUACCAGUGCUGUAAAUUCGCACCUAGGUUUCCUACUUUAAUGGCCUAAAGUUUAUUGCAUCCGUCUUUUUAAUUUUGAGAUUCUUUCCGUCGUGGAAACAGAUGGAAUAUUUAAGUAGUUUUUGUUUAGCUUCAAAGAGACUUUUUUCCGCUCCUUUGUGUCCUUAUCCAAAUAUUGCGAUUCGUGUAACAAUAGCACUUCGCACCAGUUACUUCUUAAGCAAGUACCUUGUACAGCUUUGAUGAUUACAAACUAGAGUAUGCUAGAGGUCAUGUCGCUUGUUGGCCUGACCUAGAAUAAAAGUACUGUGGAACCAAAGAUUGUCUUAUCCUUGACGUCCGUAUAAGCUCGCUCGAAGCAGAUCUCCGUGUACCAGGAAAUCGUGACGAGUUUCCGUUCUCGCUGCCAAGUCGUCUCUACAGAGUUAGUUCCCCCAGUUGUUAUUGUGCCGUCCGCGAAGAGUCAGUCCUCCAGUUUUGGGGCGACAAAUUAUCGUCACAAUACUUAAGUACUCGCUUACUUGUAUUUUCAAUUUGCUACAUUUAAACAUUGGUUCUAUGAAGACAAGAAAUUAAACCAUGUUUUACAAAACAGCUUUAAAUCAUUUCUAAGCUUUGGUGUGUAAAUGAGGUUUGAAUAAUUUGAGAAUACGACUGAUAUAUGGAAAAAUGGCCGACCUUCUUUGUGGAGUUCAGGUUUGCUCUUCAGCCAACGCCAGGAACGAUCACGGUUUUAAAAACGAUGAUGUUUUGGUUGGUAGCGAGGAUACAGGGUUUAUUUGUCGUGGAUGUUUUAGUUUGACGGUGAGGAAUUUCCUAAAUUUAGCUUCAUCAAAAACUGUCCUUUGCAACAGUAUUGGUAUUUACUUUAUCUCUGUAUAGGACCAGUAUGUUUUCUUACACCAAGCAGUGAUGGAAGCCUUGGUAUGUGGAAAUACAGAGAUUAUCCCUCAGGACCUACGAAUUGCGACAAACAAGCUUGCCAAGGUGCAUAAACCAUCCAAAAAGACUGGAUACGAACGGGAGUUAAAGGCAAGUGAUAACUAUUCCUAGAAACUGAGUUUGGUUUUAUAUGUUAUUAAUUGUGCGUAAACGUAAAUGCUGACAAGACAGCUUAUUACUUGCUUCUGGAGAUUCUUUUAAAGGCGUGUCUAUGUGACUUUGUUAACUUCAUGUUCAUAUCUCAGACGUAAUUAUCAAAAUACAAAGCGUGCUUUUGUUCAUGGAUAACUCCUGCAAAUUUCUUUUUAACAUACAUAUUAGUGGCAGAUGAACUACUCUGUAAUUUGUUGAUCUUACGUCACAAUAUUUUGUUUCACUUUUCUAUUAAUUUAAUUUGUGUGUGUGUGUUUUGCGCGAAAAAAAAAAAAAGAUUACCUUUAGCCUGAAUGAAACAGCAAUAUGUUAGUUCGCUAAGAAACAAAAAUGCUAUGGAAACAGCAAUAAACCAGGACCGAACAAAAAUGGCUUAAGAUGGAGGGGAUUAAAACUGGAUAGGACGAACUGAGAGAAUUUUAUGUGUUGUAGCGCUUGGAGCUUGUAACAGACGCCCACGCUUCUCAAGAAGUAGCAACGAACGCAUUUAUGCCCGCUAACGUCGUCAAGAACAGUUUCCCCAACAUUAAUCCGCGUAAGUGUUCCUUUGUCUUUGUUUGCGUUGUUUCCGAAACACUAAACAAAACUUUUUGCUUACUCCUGCGGAGUCCAAAACCGAGUGGGGUCUCAUUCGGUCUGUGAUCUUACCAGUGAUCAACGAAAUCGAAAGACCACAAGCAUCGUUAAUUUUUUGUCACAAGAUAGAUUUGGACGACAGAAAGUUCUGUUACUGAACAAUCAAAACUGUCACAGCAUUUUGGGAACAAAAUACACAUUGAUUACGCGCGUACCAUGAAUCGUGCACUGUUAGAUUAGUGCGCUGUUCAAGCUACCAAUCAUUAAUCGUACUCUAUCAUUUUGUUACUUUUGAUUAACCAAGGUUAUAGCCUAUAAGAGACUAUAACGCACCCUUUCAUUGGUUGAAAGAGCCUGCUCUAUCAGAGUACAGAGCACGGAGCUGAGCUAGAGCUGUCACGCCAUCCGCUAAUUUGUACUAUGUCCGACCAUUUCCCGGACAUCUCUCUUGUUUUGUUCGUUAUGUGAAAGUGAAAUUUCACGAAGUGGGGAGAAACACGAGACAUGGUCGAGUGUUUCUCCCUACACUUCUUUCUUCUUUUGUUAGGUAUGUUUUUGUUUGCAGAAAUGCCUUUAUUUUUUAAACAUUAAACACUUCUAUUUGAUUUUGUACCAGUGGACAGUACUCGAGUGCAUUUACAAGCGUCUUCACAAGAAAAGAGUUACAUCAAUGCCUCUUAUGUGGAUGUAAGUGCAAAAAUGCCCUUGUAAAAUUUUUAUAAUAUAUUCUGUAAUUCUAGCGUGCUGAUAGGAAAAGACUCAGUAUUUUCUGGUUCUUUAGAAAGCUUUCUGUUGCAACGUGUCUGUAUUGUAGAUUUUUUAAUUCAGUCAACCCAUAAAAAGGUGUUUAUUUCUAUUCAAGUUUUCCUUCUUGGGUUGUGGUGUUUUUAUUCUUUUCGUAUUGGUAUAUUCGUGUUGCUUAACUUGACGUCCAUAUUUUUCUUUGAUCUUUUAUUUACCAGGACUACACACGACGUAAUGCAUACAUCCUGACACAAGCUCCGUUAGACUGCACCAUUAUAGACUUCUGGCUUAUGAUUUCUCAAUAUGAUAUUGGCACAGUUGUGAUGUUGAAUAACUUGGAAGAAGGAAAGCAGGUAAAAAUCAUGGCAUGUUUUUUAAAAGCAUAUAGCAACACUCUUCGCUCUGUGUUUGCAACGAAGUGUGCAAAAUAUGCCUAAUCAAUAUGCUAGAGCUAUGCUAGAUUGUGCUAGAAAUCACGUGAUUUAUUUCAAAACAGCCAGCUACUGAUAGGGGUUACUAUUGGUAUCUGUGGUGAACUUUGAUAGAUUACCUCUAUUCGUUAAACAAAUUGGUACAGAAAUAAUUAUUUAAGUUAUUAAGACAUUUUGACAGGUUGCGUCACUGUAUUUCGGUUAUCAUCUCAACACUUUUAGAAUGAGGAGCCAUUUGGUACCCUUCAUCGUCUAGAGAGAGUAGCAUUUUACAACAAUUGACCAACUGAGUAUGCUCUCAAAUGUCAGUGAGACGCUAUAGUUGAAACUCUUUUCGGAAAAUCCUUCCUACCAUCAUGCCCUCCUUAAUAUCACAUAUAUUCAGUUAUUCGUUUCACGGAUCAUACAUGUAACACUGCUUUUCUUUUUUAGAGUUACCCACAAUACUGGCCAAGCGAGGGAUCUGCCAAGUAUGGUGAAGUCACUGUCCAGCUUUUGUCCCAAGAAACUUCAAACAAUAUCACUACCAGACGAUUCAGCGUCGAGAAUGAAGCGGUACUGUUUGUUUGUUCUAGAAUUGUAAGGUCCCAUUUUUUCUGGUUAGUUUGGAGGAAACUUUUAUCUAUACCAACAGGAGGCGUUUGUACAUUCUUGGUGCGCGAGAGUUCGACCUUAACUAUUUCACUAUUAGGAGAGAGACCAAUGAGUAAUUUUUUCCUUUCUGAAUCAAAAUACUCUCUGGCAGAGAGGUGAUGAGUGGAGAGGAAAAUAUAAAGAAGAAGAGAUCGUUUGAAUGAACAAGCAAGGAAUGAACGUUCUUAGGGGAUUUUGAGUUCUUAACGACAACAACAAAAGAAAGACCUGGCUAUGUGAUCACGUGGGACUAUGCGGCUCACGUGAUAACUGAUUAAAAUAACUUGACCUCGUGUUCCUCAAAAUAAUAGUUUGAUUUGCUUCUAAUUAAAUUCGUUCUUCAGCCCCCUAAGAAGACGUCAACUUUACAGCAUAUACAAUACACCGGUUGGGCCAAUGAAAACUCAUGCCCAGAUCCCCAGGAUAUACUUGACCUGAUGACUACUGUACAGCAGUCUCAGCAGCAAUCAGGAAAUAGAGUCAUAGUUUUCCAGUGCAGGUAUAAAGAGCACGUCUCUUACUGAUGUUAUCAUACGUUUAAAUGUUUUACUAGACAUGAUUCUAAACCCAUUAGGCGUUUAGCUGAUAAUAGUGCACUCAGGCUAGAAUAGCGUAUGGUUACUCGAAUCAUGUAUGACUUUAUGUACAUACUUUUUGCAUAACGCGUUCAGACUGUAAACAGAACAUAAAACAACAUAUCUUGUCUACAAAAGAUACAACUAUCAAGAGUGUCUACAUUAGAUACUGCUAUCUACCUCUACUAUCUGCGUUAGAUUGAGCUAUCCACGCUGACUAUAUCAGAUGAGCCAUCUUCGCCGUCUACAGUACAUACAGCUAUCUAAACUGUCUUUAUUAGAUACAACCAUUUACACUUUCUAAAGUAUAUCCAGUUUUCCCCACGGUGACAAUUAGAUAAUCAAUAUACACUAUCUACAGUAAAUACAGCUUAGUUUAUUCACUUUCUACAGUGGAUAAAGCUAUCCACACUGUCUACAACAGAUACAGUAUCUACAGGAGACAGUUUAGUUGGCUGUAUCCGGCGCGGUCGGUGUUAAUGGUUUUAUCUUUCUGAAAACAGUGGAUACUUGACACUUUGGAAGUUCGAUGCUAGGAGAACAAAGGCAAGAACCUGUAAUACGAAUCCACCACUGUACACUUUUCAACUUUCUUGAUUAGUUCUCCGUUUAUCUUUCUACAGUGAUGGUACUGGUCGUAGUGGCUGCGUAGCCACCAUAAUGUCAGUGAUCGAACGAGUCAAGACUGAACAAACAGUUGAUGUUUUCCAGACUGUAAAACUAGUUCGAGCAAAGAGACCAGGUGCAGUCAACACUCUGGUAAGUUAAAAGUGUCAUGAUCUAUUGUUAUAGCUUUGUUCAGGUGUAAAUUGUCAAGGGCGUAACAGAGGAGUUCUACCCCGGGGUGAGUUGGGAAUGUAACAGAAUUCCAGGAUAUCUGCCAGGGGAUGGGUGGAGGGGCGGGUUACGUUCAUUUCCCCCCUCCCUCCUGCCCAAUAAACUGCGCUUGAGCUUCUCAUUAUGCUGAAAUUUAUCAAAGGAAUCAUAGGAGGAGUCAUCCCUUUUGGAUUUGUAAGAAACAACAUAGUCACUUCAAAGAUACGUCUGCAAGUUUAGUGUGUCGUCUGAUCUCUUUUCUGUCGCGUUUUUCAUCAUGUUUAAUAGUUUUUGCUGCUUUUUCACGUCUUAAGCUUACUUUGCACAAUGCUGGGCGCUCACAGAUCAAUAGCAUAUCCUUCGUGAGCCUAAGGUGUGUUUUUUUUUGUUUUUAUCUUUCAGGAGCUGUACAUGUUUUGUUACAAAACAGUUCUAGCUUACUUAGACUCUUUCAGUACGUACUCAAACUUUGCAGAAUGCUAAAAAGCAUUGCAAAGUAAAAAACAGAUUUGACAGAAAGGAGUGAUGCACAUCUUUUUUUUUUACGAAGCAGCUUUUUCCCCUCAUAUUCAAAUUUUUGUAACAAAUCAUAGUUACCUCUAAGCGGGUGGCCUUUCCCCCUAAUAGUUUUGCUAAAAAAGUUUUGCUAAAAAAGUUUUGCUAAAAAAGUUUUUAUUACAUAUUUUAAUUAAAAAAGGAGUUUUUUGUCAUAGGAAGUAGGUAAAAUGCGUCCGUGCAAGUGAAGGUUUUGUCAGCUGGAAGAUGUUCACCGCUUGAUUGUUGAUAAAUUUACAUCAGAUUCUGCUAUGGUAACUUGACAAACAAGCAUGUGUCCCUGUGAGGCCUAGGAUUAUGGCAAUAUCAUGAAUUGUGUUAUCCUACUUUUCUAAUUAUGCAAUUAAAAGAAAGAGUACUAUGUGUAUCUACGAAGAAGUUAUUACAUUUGUAGAGUUUUGUGGGUUUUUUUGAGUUAAUUGUAAAGGAAAGUUUUUGAUAACUUACAUAUUUCAUGAUGUCUCUUAAAAGUCUAUUAAGUUUCAUAGUUAUCGUUUUCUUUUAACAGUGUAAGAUUAAAAGUGGUUUGUAGUUUUACAGUUUGUUUUGGAGGGUUAUGGUGCCUUUUGCAUUUUCUCUUUUUAUCUGAAUUUAAUUCACACUGUUUUCAAUAAAUACAUCAGAAUUUCUAUAAGAUUGUAUUUUUCUCAGAAGUAAGAUAGAAUUGUGCAAAGAGUUAGAUUUUUGGUAAUUAAAUGAUUAACUGAUAUAAUCUUUGAACGAUUAAUUUGGAAUUCAAACGUGCAAAGCACAUUGAAACAUUUUUACUAAUGUAAAGGAUAGAGUUCACGUAUACAGUUAGUACGUUAGUUAUAGAUUCAUAUUCAUAUAAUAAUUGUUUGAUUGAUUUAUUGACUGAAAUUGGUAAUUAUUGAAAAUCAUGGCUAUAUCUUAAUAUGGUUCUCCAUCUCAUUAUUAACAUUUUCUAUGUAUGUUUUAUGAAUUUUGGAGUGAUCGGCUCUGUUACUGAUUAAAUAAUCUUCUACAAAGUUUAAGAGUAUCUUUUUUACUUUGACUGCGUCCGACUAUUAAUUCUUGAAAAUUUCGUUAAAGAAAACCUUCAUUAGUGAAACCAUCUGACGUUAAACCAAAUGGAAAUAAAGUGGCAGAGAAGGGGCCCUGGGUCUUAGCUGCGGAAUAUGUCAACUCCCCAUAGUUAUUUGUAGAUAGUCUCUCGAACGGAAGUCAGUUUUCCGAUACGUCC